AUGGGAUCUUCGGGAUAUAGUACAAGUGUGACUUCGUCAGUUGUGAGUGGGGUCGGCCUGAACGAUAUACUAACGCAGCCUCCCAUCACGACCCAUCUAAAGCUAAUAGAACUUUCGGAGGCUCUAGCUGCACACAAUGCAUCAGCAGCUGCUGCCCUCCGGUUGACGAGUCAGGAAUCUGUGACUGAUGUUGCUUUGCACUCUCCACCGCUCUCUGUUUCGGAAGCUGCUUCUUCAGACAGCCGAGAGCGGCGUAAGUCAUCAGCUACCUCUCGUUACUUGAUUAGUGGUCCGCUUCCUCCACCGCCACCUCCUCCACCUCCCUCAGCUCUUAUUACAUGA